GGCGAAUGGCCUUAAUCAAAUGAACAUGAGGAUCCUCUGGGGUUCCAGUGACACUGAGAAGGAUUCCCUGAGAGUGCAUUGCUGCCUGGGUGAAGAACUGGCUCCGGUGCAGUUCAGAGCUGCAAAUCCAUCAAGAUACAAGAAGAUACAGUUCAUCAAUAAGAGCGAAAGAGAAGGCAGGAUCAUAGGAGGAAGAAAUGCCAAUCCAGGAGAAUUCCCCUGGCAACUCUCCUUCCAACUCUAUGGAAUGCAUUUCUGUGGGGCUGUGAUUUAUGAUGAACUGAAUGCAAUCACCACUGCUCACUGCUGUGUUCGGGAAGGUAUCUACAAUAAUGUCAACCGACUUUCGGUGGCCAACACAAAGGUGACAAUAUCAGGGUGGGGUGAUACAGGGGAAUAUGGACAAGGAUCUCCUAUCCUGAAGAAACUGACAGUGCCCUUGUUGGGAUAUGAAGCCUGCAACAGGAUGUAUAAAGGGAAAAUAAAACAUGGCAUGAUCUGUGCAGGACAAUUGCAUGGUGGUGUGGAUACCUGCCAAGUAGGCUGGUCAUGCUCAGCUCUCAACAUGCUAUCUCAAGUUGGGCCCAAAUUACUUGCCUUCAUUCUUGUUUUUUAUUCAUGCUUAGGGUGGACCAAUGGUGAUGGGGAAUCCACCAAUGCUGAUUGGGAUUGUGUCAUGGGGAAUGGGAUGUGCUCGACCCAACAGUCCAGGAAUAUACAUGGAUGUGGGAAAGUAUAUGAACUGGAUAAAAAGGACAGUGCAGGAAGCCAGAUCAUUACUUUCCAGAGCACGAGAGAAGUCAGCCUUCCCAUGAUCUUUCAGUUCAUCAAGCUGUUGGAACAGAUAAGCCCUAUUGGCUUUGGUGACAGGAACCAUUUCUUCACCACAGGAGAUGGAGUGGACAUCCUCUGCAAACUGAAGAAACUCUGGAAACCGUUUUUGCACUCCACGUUGAAGAUGACAUGUCGGGAAGAGAAGGAAGAA